AUAGUCAACCCCUCGUCCACCUUAAAGCUUAAACUCCUAUUACUUUUCAACUUACGCUGCAAAUUUCGAUACUCCAAAUCUCGAUCAACCUCCUCCUCACUUCUCCUUGGAUCCCACCAGAUUCCUCUGGAAAAUGGAUCGUGGAAAGAGGCCUGGUAAGUAUGUUGGUGCGACGAACCAUAAGAUCUACAUGGACCUCAAGGAUAUCAUCAGAGAACAUGCGCUACAAUAUCUUCCUGCUAAGUCACUUUUCAGGUUCCAGAGUGUUUGCAGGGACUGGAAGCUCCAGAUUUCAUCUCCAUUUUUUGCCCACAAUCAGUCCCAUUCUUUUCGCUCCAUUUUGGGUCUUUUUGGUCAGACUCCUGGAGAACCACCGUCAUUCCUCUCUUUUGAUGCAAAAUCUUGUGGUGUCCCAGACCCUCUUUUGAUGUUUAUCCCUGAACCUGUUGAGAUCCUGUCUUCAUCCAAUGGGUUGCUUUGCUGCAAAUCUUGCUCUGUGGAGAAGGUUUACUACAUCUGCAAUCCUGUUACCCAACAGUGGAAGAAACUUCCAAAAUCAAAUGCUCAUCAUGGGUCUGAUCCUGCAAUUGUGCUCGUCUUUGAACCAUCACUGCUGAACUUUGAUGCCGAUUUCAAACUGAUUUGUGCCUUUCCAUCCAAUGAUUUUGAUGACGCAAUUGAAUUUGAGAUAUAUUCCUCGAGGGAUGGUUCCUGGAAAACGUCAGGGGAAAUCUGUUUUGCUUCUAAGACUCUUGUUCCAACAUCUGGGAUUCAUGUGAAAAAUGUCGUCUAUUGGAAUCUGAAACAAGGCGGUGUUCUUGCGUUUGAUCUAAUCAAGGAUAGGUCACAGCUAAUCCAAGGGUAUUAUGGUGCUAAAGGAACUCUGGGUAAUGUGAACGGAAAGCUUUGUUCAGUUUCCUGGUGUGGCCGUGAACUUUAUCUGCAUGCAUUGGCAAAUGUGCAUUCUAACACAAUGCAAAUGACGAGUCAUGUUAAGAUGUGGGAACAGAAACAUGUAGUUCUUGAAAGUAGAUUCCUUGGUGGAGAUGUAGCUGAUGCGAAGGUCAUCUUUGCUGGUGGUGACAUGCUGGUGAUUCAGUGUCGGAGUAGCAUCUAUUUGCAUAACUUGAAGACACAAGAAACUAAAGCAUUGAGCAUCCUAAUCAAAAACCAUAGUAGGUGCCUACCUUAUGUGAACGGUAUCGUCAACAUCUGAAAGUAUUACUCUUUUGAAUGCUGCCAUCCUCUCUGAGUUCUAGUUUUAGCUUCAAAGUUUGAGACUUGCAGUGACAAGGAAUUGAGAUUAAUAGCUAUCUGGAGUAAAUUCACUACUCUAGGUGGUCUAAGACGUGUGAUUAGACUUUUUUUUUUUUUGGGGUUUAAUGUAGCUAUUCUACUUCUUUCAUGCAAACAUAUGCUUUGCCGUGUUUGAGACUUUUGAGUUGCUGAGUCUUCUUUUAAAACAUAAGAAAACAUUCAACAGAAUAUUUCUG